AUGCACGUCCCGCCGCCAGCGAGGGGUCGCUGUACAGCGAGGGGAUUCGGGCUGGACGGUGGUCUGUUCGACAGAGAACGCAUCGCUCAUGCAGGAUCUGGGGUAGAUGUCCUCACCAUCGGCAGCGACUUCGGGCUUUCGAAGUGGGACGAAGCAGCAUGCGGUUCAGACAACGCCAUUCUGCUCACUGACUCUUCAAGGGUCUGUCAUUACUUGCAGUACCCCGAAGGAACCACAUUUAUCUACUCGUACUUUGAGAGCAUAGGCAGCAAGUAUGACAAGACGUUGUUCUUCGGGCUCCAGUACAUUUUGAAGAAGUGGAUGGUCGGGCCGGUAAUCACGGUGAAGAAGAUAAAUGAUGCCAAGGAAUUCUUCAGGAUGCACUUCAACCAGGAGCUGUUCAACGAGUCCGGAUGGAUGCACAUCGUCGAGCAGCACGAUGGCCACCUGCCACUCUCGAUCAAGGCAGUGCCCGAAGGCAGCCUCAUCCCUACGCGCAACGUCCUGUUUACUGUAGAGAACACGGACCCUGAAGUACCCUGGCUCACGGGAUGGUUUCAGACAUUAUUUAUGCAGACAUCGUACCCGACUACGGUGGCGACGAACGCGUGGCAUUACAAGGAGCUCAUGGCGAGGUACCUGCUGGACACCUGCGGUUCUACAGCUACUAUACCGUACCAGCUCCAUGACUUCGGCUGUGGCGGUGCUUCCUCUGUCGAAUCGGCUGCCAUUGGAGGCGCGGCACACUUGGUGAACUUCCUGAGCAGCGACAACAUAGCCGGGAUUCGCCUCGUCCACCAGUACUACGGCUUUCCCAUGGCGGGGUACUCUUAUCCUUCCACAGAGCACAGCACCAUGACCCCGUGGGGCCCGGCGGGCGAGUCGGCAGCGUGCCGCCAGGCGAUGCACGCGUUCCCCAGCGGUCCGGCCUCAGUAGCCAGCGACGCCUACCACGCAGCGAACUGCUGCGAACACGUCUGGGGUCAAGACCUGCGCCACCUGGUCGAAGCCCGCGCAGAGCUCUACGGCGGCAUGCUCAUCGUCAGGCUGCAGUCCGGCGACCCGCCGGAGAUCAUUGUCGAGGUCUUGGAGAUACUUGGUAGGCACUACUCGGUGACGGUGAAUUCAUUGGGCUUCCGCGAGCUGCCACCAUAUGUGCGCUUGAUGCACAGCGACGGCAUGACACUGGAGAUGGCUGAGGCUGUCCUAGCCAAUGCCAAGGCACACCGCUGGAGCACCCAAAAUGUGCUUCUGGCAAGUGAUGGCACACUCAUGCGAGACCCGCAAGGACCAGCUCAGCGCUUUGCCUUUCAAUGCAGCGCUGUCGUUGUCGGUGGACAUGAGGUGAUCAUGCAUGAUCGGAAAGAAGUACACAGGAACCCAAUGACUGACACUAGACUGAGCUCCAAGAAGGGCAGGCUGACUUUACAGCACUCUGUCAGCGGGUACACCACAGUGGAACAUGGCCAGGGAGACCCUGAAGAGGAUUGUCUAGUGCACGUGUUUAAAGAUGGCCAUCUCCUUGUGGAGCAGACAUUCGAAGACAUCAGAAGACGUUCCCAAGAGCCUUUAGAUCACUUCAAUACAUAGUGCCACAAGAUCAUAUAUUGAUGGCUUGUGCUUUGUAUGGGCCCAGCAACACUAAAACUGAAAUGUACAUAACUACGACAUUUUCCCGGGCAGCCCUGUAAGCACAGCUAAUGUUGAUCAACGAAGGGACAUGGUGGCCCAAUUGGGCACAUUGGCCCUGCUCCCCAGAUAGGGAGGCGUUAGAUGAUCCUCUUCUUUAAGUCUCCGUUUUCAACAAGUUUUGUCCUCUAAUUUAAAUACAACUGCAAUGAAAUUUCAGCUGCGUAAAAAGGAGUUUCAAAUAGCUUAGAUAAAACAGUGCCCAUGUACAAUUUUGUACCAUAGCCACUAAGCUACUGCAGCAGAUGGAAAUGAUGCACAGCCCACAAUACUGAGAAUCAGUAUGGCUCCUUGACAUGACAUCCGAGAUUGAGCAGUGCCCUUGGCACAUCGAAAAUAUUGGAGGUGAUAUGUUGGAAUUUGCGCAAUAUAUCUGCUAACCACAAAGUCCAUGCAUCGUCUGCUUAGGUGCUGUUUAAAUUUUGUUAAUAAGUAAAUUAGACAACCACAAGCCCUAAAAUUUUGCCAAGAUUGCUUCAAUCACAUAUACUGCUCAUGUAUAACCAAUCUGGACAAAGCGUGAUUUUGUAACCGUUCGCUUUAAUCAUUCACCCAUUCUUUCCUCAGGUCCCUGUGAGAUAUCUUAGCAAGGCAGAAACGAGUUUUAACCCUUUGAGGGUCGAAUUAUUUUGAAGAAAACUUUCCCAGGUGGUCAAAUGACUUUAUUGCGGAUCUUGAACGUACAAGAGCGAGAAUACCUCAUGAGCGGCGGUGAUAAACGAGCUAAGAGCAGUGCCAAUCAAGAUAGAAAUCAACUUCCGCCGCCCCUGCGAUAGCGUGCCGACAAAGAUAAAAAUCACGUUUCGGGCG